AUGGCUACCAGCACCACCAAGACUGGCCAGCCCAUGGACCGUGCCGUCCUCGAGUCGGUCCUGAGGCGUCGUCUGUUCUAUACUCCUUCCUUCGAAAUCUACGGUGGAGAGCGUGGGCUUUUUGACUACGGCCCGCCCGGGUGCGCUCUUCAGGCCAAUGUGGUCGACAUGUGGAGAAAACACUUUGUCCUCGAAGAAGAUAUGCUCGAGGUCGACUGCACCAUGUUGACUCCCGAGGCCAUCCUCAAGACCAGCGGACAUGUCGACAAGUUUGCCGACUGGAUGUGCAAAGACCCAAAGAGCGGGGAGAUCUUUCGUGCGGACCACCUGGUCGAACAAGUUCUCGAAGCUAGAUUGAAGGCGGACAAAGAUGCCCGUGGGCAGAAAGUCGAGGUCGACGAAGCAAAAGAGGCAAAGAAAAAGAAGAAGGUCAAGGACGCCAAGAUCGAGAAGCUGGACGAUGCAGUCGUUCAGGAAUACGAGGAGACGCUCGCAAAAAUCGACAACUACGGCGGUGACGAGCUUGGAGAGCUCAUCAAGAAGUUCAACAUCAAGGGCCCAACCACCGGCGCUGAGCUUGAGCCCCCCAAGGCCUUCAAUCUGAUGUUCCAGACCCAGAUUGGGCCCAGUGCAGAUGUGCCCAAUGGCUAUCUACGGCCAGAGACUGCUCAGGGACAGUUUUUGAAUUUCCAGAAGCUCCUCGAAUUCAACCAACAGGCCAUGCCGUUCGCCUCGGCAUCAAUCGGCAAGUCUUUCAGAAAUGAAAUCUCUCCCAGGUCUGGACUGCUACGUGUCCGCGAGUUCCUGAUGGCUGAAAUCGAGCACUUUGUCGACCCAGAGGGCGGGAAGAAGCACCCUCGCUUCGAGGACGUCAAACACGUCGAAUUGACUCUGCUCAACAGAAAGACCCAGCUAUCCGGAAGUACCAAGCCUGAUGUGCUGACUAUUGGCGAGGCUGUCUCUACGGGACUGGUUGACAACGAAACCCUCGGAUACUUCCUUGUCAGAAUCCAAGACUUCCUUCUGAAACUCGGUGUUGACCACAGCAAGCUCAGAUUCAGACAGCACAUGGCCAAUGAGAUGGCACAUUAUGCUGCGGAUUGCUGGGAUGCGGAACUUUUCACCACCUACGGGUGGAUCGAAUGUGUCGGUUGUGCUGAUCGAAGCGCCUACGAUCUGACGGUUCACAUGAAGAAGACUGGUGCGCCACUGCUCGUCCGCGAGACCAGAGCGGAACCGUUGGUGAUCGAAGAAUACCAGGUAGACAUCGACCGCAAGAAGCUUGGCCCCAAGUUCCGCAAGGACGCCAAGGCAGUCGAAGCUGCUGUGGACAGCUUGUCCCAAGAAUUGCGUGAGAAAUUGUCGAUUGACCUGGAGAAGACUGGAAAGAUCGAGGUCUCGACACCGGGGGUGGGAAGCGGCACCACAGAACUUGACAAAGAUCUCGUCAAGAUCGAGAAAAGAAAGCGCACAGAGCACGUUCGCGAAUAUACUCCCAAUGUCAUUGAGCCUUCGUUUGGUAUCGGACGAAUUCUCUACAGCGUCAUGGAGCAUGUCUUCUGGACUCGAGAAGGCGAUGAUGCGCGUGGAGUGCUCUCGUUCCCCCCAACAAUAGCCCCGACAAAGGUCCUGCUCGUACCAUUGUCCAAUCAUCCAGACUUCAAACCAUUCAUCAAGAAGCUCACCUCCAAACUCCGCAAAAUUGGGGUUUCCAACAAAGUUGACGAUUCCUCAGCAAGCAUCGGAAAGCGAUAUGCUCGUAAUGAUGAACUUGGGACCCCGUUCGGCAUUACCAUUGACUUCCAGACGGUCAAAGAUAACAGCCUGACACUUCGGGAGCGCGAUUCUACCAAACAAGUUCGUGCUAGCGAAGACGAGAUUCUCGCAGCAGUUCAGUCAUUGGUGGAUGGGUCCGAGACGUGGGAGCAGGUUGCGCAGAGGCUUCCUGUCUUUGAGGGACAAGAAGCCGAUCCGACGGAGAAGUAG